AUGAGCGACGACGCCACGCCGCCGGAGGCGCUCGCGCGCGAUGCGGCGGAGCGCGAGCUGGCGCGUCUGGCGCAGGAAAUCAGGCGCCACGACGAGCUCUACUACACCCGCUCCGCGCCCGAGCUGAGCGAUGCCGAGUACGACGUGCUGCGGCGCCGCAACGAGGCCAUCGAAGCGCGCUUCCCCGACCUGAAGCGCGCCGACAGCCCGAGCGACCGCGUGGGCGCGCCGCCAGCCUCGAGCUUCGCCAAGGUCCGCCACACCCGGCCCAUGCUCUCGCUCGGCAACGCUCUCAAUGACGACGACCUCGCCGAGUUCGAGGGCCGGGUCCGGCGCUUCCUCAAUCUGGAUGAGGAGGAGCCGGUGGUGCUCUACGGCGAGCCCAAGAUCGACGGCCUCUCGGCGACGCUGCACUACCACGAGGGCAGGCUCGCCCUCGGCGCCACCAGGGGCGACGGCGAGACCGGGGAGGACGUGACAGAGAAUCUGCGCACGCUGCGCGACCUGCCUCACACCCUGACGGGCGCCGACGUGCCGGAGCGGUUGGAAGUCCGGGGCGAGGUCUACAUAGGGCUCGCCGAUUUCGCGGCGCUGAACCGGGAACGGGAGGCGGAAGGCGAGGAAGCAUUCGUCAAUCCGCGCAACACCGCUUCCGGCGGCCUGCGACAACUUGACACGGCGCUCACCGCAAAGCGCCGGCUGCGCUUCUUCGCCCACGGCUGGGGCGAGGUGAGCGAGGCGCUGGGGGAGCGGCAGGGCGAUGUCCUCGCGCGGCUCGCCGCGUGGGGGUUCGCGCUCGCCCCGCACGCCCGGCGCUGCGCCGGCCUCGACGAGGCGCGUGCGCUCCAUCGGGAGAUCGAGGCUGUGCGGCCCUCGCUCGACUUCGAGAUCGACGGUGUCGUCUUCAAGGUCGACCGCCUCGACUGGCAGGAGCGUCUGGGCGCCGCCGGACGGGCGCCCCGCUGGGCCAUCGCUUACAAAUUCCCGGCCGAGCAGGCCGAGACCGUGCUGCACCGCAUCUCGAUCUCGGUCGGGCGCACCGGCGCGCUCACGCCGGUGGCGGAGCUCGAGCCGGUGUAUGUCGGCGGCGUCACCGUCUCGCGCGCGACGCUCCAUAACGAGGACGUGAUCGCCGAACGGGGCAUCCGCGCCGGCGAUACGGUCGUCGUCCAGCGCGCCGGCGACGUAAUCCCGCAAGUCGUCCGGGUGAUCGAAGAAAAGCGGCCGGCCGGGAGCGAGCCCUUCGUUCCGCCUGCCGUCUGCCCGGAAUGCGGCAGCCACGCGGUGCGGGAGGAGGGCGAAGCGGUGCGCCGCUGCACCGGCGGUCUGAUCUGCCCGGCCCAGGCGCUGGAGCGGCUGCGCCAUUUCGUCGCCCGCGACGCCUUCGACAUCGAGGGCCUCGGCGCCAAGCAGAUCGAGGCGUUCUGGGCCGAAGGCCGCGUGAAGAGCCCGGCGGACAUCUUCGACAUUGAGGAGAAGGACGGCGAUCCGCACACGCCGCUCGCCGAGCGCGAGGGCUGGGGCGAGACCUCCGCCGCCAAUCUCUUCCGCGCCAUCGAGGCGCGCCGGCGCAUCUCGCUCGACCGUUUCAUCCAUGCAUUGGGAAUCCGCCACGUCGGUCAAACGACGGCGCGUCUGCUCGCGCGCCGCUAUCGCACCGUCGACGACUGGCGGGAGGCGAUGGAGGCCGCCGCCGCGCCGGAAGGCGAGAGUCUUGAGGCGUUGACCGAUAUCGACGGGAUCGGCCCGGUGGUUGCCCAGGCGAUCGUCGAGUUCGUCGCGGAACCCCGCAACGGCGCGAUCCUCGACGCCCUCUGCGAACGCCUCGACAUCGAGCCCUUCGAGGCGCCCACGGCCGACUCGCCGGUCGCCGGCAAGACGGUCGUCUUCACCGGCAAGCUGCAGCAGAUGACACGGCAGGAGGCGAAGGCCCGCGCCGAGGCGCUGGGCGCCCAGGUGGCGGGAUCGGUGUCGCGGGCGACCGACUACGUGGUGGCGGGCGAGGAAGCGGGGUCCAAGCUGAAGCGGGCCGAAGCGCUCGGCGUCGCCGUGCUCACCGAGGACGAAUGGCUCGCCGUCGCGUCGGGCGAAGCACCGCCGCCGGCAGCGGAGCCCGGCGGCGAAGAGGGGAGCGAUGGCACCGCCUAG